UCAAGUCUCUCUCUUAACUGUUUUUUUCCAACGUCAAAGAACUUCGCCGCCGGCAAAAAAUGGACUUGGCCAACAAGCUUCAGCUUCUCGACCUCCGUUCGACGUUCUUAACCGGAACGUUACUCCCUCAUCACCGUAAAAACUGUCUGAGGAUACGCCUUCGUCAACUUCCGACUUCCAUACCCACUCAAACCAAAUUAUUUAACAGUGAGAAUCUUUUGAGAACUCGGAAACCAACCAGUCUAAAAAUUUCAGCUAAAUCAUCAUCCGCAGUCUCGGUUGUCGAGACCAGUGUUAAGGAAGAUAUUGAAGCGUUGUUAUCCGAUAAUUCGUUUGCUGACAACAAACGCUCGAAUAGGAAGUCCAAUACCGGUGCAUCAUCGAUAUCAUCUGGUGUUAGGUUAGAGAACAUCAGAAAAAGUUAUAAGGGUGUGACGGUACUGAAAGACGUGACUUGGGAGGUUAAGAAGGGUCAAAAAGUGGGAUUGGUAGGUGUCAAUGGUGCCGGGAAAACGACUCAGUUGAGAAUUAUUACUGGCCAGGAAGAACCCGAUUCAGGGAACGUAAUCAAGGCAAAGGAGAAUAUGAAAAUCGCAUUCCUCAGUCAAGAAUUUGAGGUUUCACUGAGUAAGACAGUGAAGGAGGAGUUCCAGAGUGCGUUUAAGGAAGAGAUGGAGAUAGCUGAGAGGUUGGAAAAGGUGCAAAAUGCAAUUGGGGGUUCGGUGGAUGAUCUUGGUUUGAUGGGACGGCUCUUGGAUGAGUUAGAUUUACUUCAAAGACGAGCAAAAGACCUCGAUUUGAAUGUCAUUGAUGUAAAGAUUAAUAAGUUGAUGCCUGAGCUUGGAUUUACUCCAGAAGACUCAGAAAGGUUGGUUGCGUCUUUUAGCAGUGGGUGGCAGAUGAGAAUGUCAAUUGGGAAGAUUUUACUUCAGGAACCAGAUCUGUUACUGCUGGAUGAACCUACAAAUCAUCUUGAUCUUGACACCAUUGAAUGGCUUGAGGGCUAUCUUAACAAACAAGAUGUGCCGAUGGUCAUCAUAUCUCAUGACAGGGCUUUCCUUGACCAGCUUUGCACAAAAAUAGUGGAAACUGAUAUGGGUGUAUCCAGGACAUUUAAUGGAAAUUACUCUGACUAUAUUGUUUCAAAGGCAACCUGGAUUGAGACUCAAAGUGCAGCAUGGGAAAAACAACAGAAAGAAAUUGACCAAACGAAAGACUUGAUUAGCAGAUUAAGUGCUGGAGCAAAUUCUGGACGGGCAUCCACUGCCGAAAAGAAGCUUGAAAAACUUCAGGAAGAGGAUCAAGUUGAGAAGCCCUUUGUACGAAAGCAAAUGAAGAUCAGAUUUCCAGAACGUGGAAGAAGUGGAAGAUCAGUAGUGACAGUUAAGAACCUUGAUUUUGGAUAUGAGAAUAAGGUUCUCUUUAAGAAGGCUAAUGUUGCAAUAGAGAGGGGUGAGAAAAUUGCCAUUAUUGGUCCAAAUGGUUGCGGCAAGAGUACUUUGCUCAAGCUUAUCAUGAGUUUAGAAAAGCCAUACGGAGGUGAACUUUUGCUUGGGGAGCAUAAUGUUUUGCCAAACUAUUUUGAACAGAAUCAGGCCGAAGCUCUUGAUUUAGAGAAAACAGUGCUUGAGACUGUGGCAGAAGCGGCUGAGGAUUGGAGACUUGAUGAUAUAAAGGGAUUACUUGGGAGGUGUAAUUUCAAAGUGGAGAUGCUCGAUAGGAAGGUUUCCUUCCUUAGUGGGGGUGAAAAGGCACGCCUUGCUUUUUGCAAAUUCAUGGUGAAACCAUCGACAUUACUAGUUUUGGAUGAGCCCACCAACCACUUAGAUAUACCGUCCAAAGAGAUGCUCGAGGAAGCAAUAAAUGAAUACAAAGGUACUGUCAUUACAGUUUCUCACGAUCGAUACUUUAUCAAGCAAAUAGUUAACAGAGUGUUAGAGGUUAACGAUGGCAACCUACAUGAUUAUGCUGGUGAUUAUAAUUACUACCUGGAGAAGAAUAUUGAGGCAAGGGAGAAAGAGCUUGAAAGAGAAACAGAGCUUGAGGAGAAGUCUCCCAAAUCCAAAUCCAAAUCAAAAAUGUCAAAGGCUGAGAAGGAAGCUCAAAAGAAACAAAAGAGACAAGCCUUUCAGGAUGCUAAGCAAAAAUCCAAAGGCCAAAAGAAUGCCAAGAGAUGGAAUUAAGCCUAUCCUUCCUCCAGGAUGCUUCUAUUCUGUUUUCUUUUCUUUCUAUCUGUAUAGCAGCCUGCCUGGAAGUGAAGUUAGCGAUAACUUACGGUUUCGUCAAUGAAUCUCACCAUGUAUAUACACAUUUUAUAUCAUAUUAUUUCAGGACAAUCCAAUCAAAAUACCAUAUACAAUUGGCAUCAUGAUAUCAUUGUUCUUCUGGGUUUGUACUGGUUCUGCAAAUAUACAAUUACAUUUGAAAAUUCCCAGUCUUCCAUUAUCAAGAAGUGUAUCAUUUGCUUC